UAUUAGCAGGUGGUUUGUUAUGUUCAUUGUUGUUCAUGGCACUUCGUAUGUAUAACCUUUUUUACACACUGCAUAGGUACUCUUGCGUGCACAGGAGGUCAAUAUUGGUAAAGUAUUAUCUCAACAUGGAGGAAAGAAAUUUAAAUGGGUGAUUGAACAUUUUUGUUACAUAAAGACAUCUGGGAGCCUAUUCUUUCUUCUAGUCAAUUCCUAUAACAACAAAGGAACAGACACCAAAGUAAUGCAUUAUGGGCAUGGGAUUAUUAUCCGCUUUACAGGAGGAAAACCACAGAAGUCCUUGACAGCAUUUUCUUGGUGUCCACAAUACAGUUCAUAUGCAGUGUCAAAGUCAAUAUAUCCAAUGUGCUUAGCAUUGCCCACAUCUGGCUUCAGUAGAAGGUGACUAUGAAUUUCAAGGAGACCUUUAAGUUUUUUCUCCUUUUUUAUAUGUCCCAGCCUUCUUGCUUCUUGAUAUUGAUAGUUUAAUAAAAAAGCCAAGCCAUCGUCUUGACAGGCCUGCAAUGAAGUUCUUAAAUCUAUGCUAGUUUCAUUCACUGAGAUGGACUUACUAUUAAGGCGGAUAUCAUGUUUGGUUACUUUUGGAUUGGUUGUUGUGUCAGUUGAAGUAACUAGAGGCGAGUUUUCCACAUUCUUUUCUGUAACAAGUGAUGCAUUCAUUAUACCAUCCAUGUUUGGACUGCUUUAGUUAUUAUAUAACCUCAGUAAACAGUUUUAUAGUGAGCCCGCGUUACAACGACGGAAGACAUUAGUCUCCAGACCCCACUCGGCGCUUAUUCAAGAUGGCGGAUGAAGCGAUAAACAAUGUGACUAAAUGGCUCCAUGAUUGUGGAUUAUCGGAGUUUCAAAGCCUAUUUGUAGACGAAGGAUACGAUGAUCUUGAUGUUGUUGCUACAAUAACUGACCAAGAGUUGGAAGAAAUAGGAAUUUUGAAAAGAGGACAAAGGAAAAAGAUAUUACUCAAGAUUGAAGAACUCAAACUUUCAAUGAGACAGAAAGCAAUUAACAACAAACUCGAUGCAGUCAAAACCAAAACACCUUUAGUUCAGUCAGUUCUCCCAGGUUCUUCAAAGCAACCCACAAGAGAUCCAUUGCCAUACCAAAAGUCCAAAUAUUGGUAUGAAAACCCUCAACACCCACGUACUAAGUAUUUCAAUGAAAUCUUGCCAGAGAUGUUUGAAGCUGCAAAGCCCCAUAUGAGUGACUGUGCAUUUGAAGAGUACCUAUUUAAAGAGAGAAGAAAGAGGUGGGAAGCAAAGACCGAGACAGAGAAAAUAGAACAGAAACUCAAUUAUAUUUUGAGUAAUGAUAACAAUGCUUGCUUUGGUAAAUACUUGGGCUCUCUGCCAUGCAUCAGUCCAGCUGAUGUUUCAAAUUGCGAGCGUGGAGUCAAAGAGCUAUCAUGUUUGGAAAAAGCACUUCUUGCACGAAAAAGUGAAACUGAAAAUAGUUAUGGUGAACUAUUCAUAGCCAGUGGACGACACUCUCAUGCAUGGGCAAAGGAACAGGAGAAGUAUUAUGAAUCUCAGAUUGGGCACUUAAAAGGUCUUAUUGAUACAAUAACAAAUGCCAAGUCUAAGCUUAUCAGUAUUGGAGUAACCUAUAAGUCAUUAUCUUCCGUAAGCUUAAAGAAAAAGUCAAGUCUUGCAAAGAGAAGAAGAAAAGAAAAUGCUUGCAAAGCCAAAAAAAGAAAAAGGAAAAGAGAAGACACUGCAAUGCAUAAACUGAUUGUCAAGCUUACAGAUGAGUUUACCUAUACUCUCUGCUUCCCUGAUGGAUAUAAUGUAGCCUUACAAAGUCAACAUGCUGUGUGCGAGGAUGAGAUUAACACUGAGGCCUUAGGACUGUUGAAGAGUUGUGACAUCAUGAAGUUAGACCUUCUAUUCAAUCAGGGCUUUUUUGCGCUCGAUGCACUUGCAAUAAUAGGGCAGACCAUUGCCGCACUUUAAUAAGAUGAUGUUCACUCUUUUUGUUGAAAAUGUUGUUGUUUUACAGAAAAUUAUUGAUAAAUGUCAUGAUAUUCAAA